AUGACGACGGGAGAGUUUGAGAUCGCCGGAAUUUCCACCGGAACAUGGUGGAGUUCGCCAACAAACGCCGCCACCUCCGUAUUCUCCGGCUACUCGCUGCCAUGUCCCACUGAGACUAGCCUUGAUAUCACGGAUUUCGGAUGGCAAAACUUCGAUAGUAAAACUAACGAUCACAAUGAUGAUUUUAUGAACAUGCAUAACAGUUUCUUCGAAGGAUUAUUCGAUCCUAAUGAGCAAUUACUCUCAGAUUCUUGGCCAAAAACUACAAUUACUAACGCCAAAUCUGAGCUACUCGAAAGCUUCCCGUUCUUAGAUAACAUGUUCUUGGUCGAUUCAGAAGCUCAUGAUCAUAACUCUAAGGAGCGAAUUACACAAGACUGCAUGAAUCUUACUUCAAAGAGGAGUGAAAGGACUGAAGAAUUAAAAGAGAACAGCGAUGAAUAUUCGCCUCGAUUAUUAAAAAGGUCAAGAAUCGAUACAUUAUCUUCAUUGCCAAGCUUCAAAGUUCGUAAAGAAAAACUUGGUGAUCGAAUCACUGCGCUGCAGCAACUGGUUUCACCAUUUGGCAAGACAGAUACGGCUUCUGUUCUCAACGAAGCUGUAGAGUACAUCAAGUUUCUUCAGGAACAAGUCACCGUGUUGGUUAGUCCAGACCAUAACACCAAAGGAUCUGUUCAACGACAGCAGUGUUCAGACAAGAAAUCUAUCAAUAGUACUCAAGAACAAGAAGAAUGUAGUUCAAGAAGACACGUAGACCUAGCGAGUCGUGGGCUAUGUCUCAUGCCCAUCUCAGCUUCAUAUCCGGUUGCUGCAGCCGCGGCUUCUGCAGCAGAGAUGAACACAUCUGACUUCUGGAAUCUUCCAUUUGCGAUGAACUUGUAAAUUAUACAGAUGCAUUAACAAAAAUUAAAGCUCUAUUUGAGAUAUAUCUUGUAAAUUUUAAUGUUUCUUUUAUACCGUGUAAAUGUCCUGUAAUACUCAAAGCCUAUAUUGUUUAUUUGC